UGCUUUAGGGACGGAUCCAGGUAUAAAGGUGAAAAAAAAAAAAAAAUCUUCGUCACUCUUCUUCUCCAGUUUUUUCUUUCCGUUCUUCGCUUCUCAGUUUUGACUAAAUCUGCCAUGACUCUCUGAGAUAACGAGAUAUUCACCGAGAGCCAUGUUUUCUUAGCUUUCAAGAUAAAAGAGGGUUUUUGUAGAAGCAAUGACAGUUCUGAAAAGGUACGUCUUAAGGCUGUUUAUGUCGAUCAAGUACAUAACAGCAAACGUAGUUGACAGAAACAACGGGAGAAUAGUGACAACAGCUUCAACAGUGGAGCACGCAAUCAAGAACUCGUUAGAGUGUGGUCGUACUUGCAAUGCUAAGGCAGCGGCUAUCGUAGGAGAGGUUUUGGCUAUGAGGCUGAAAGUGGAAGGGCUUCAAGAUGGGCAAGGAAGAGGUAUACACGCCGACGUCAAGAAAGAAAUCGAAAAGAAAGGGUUUAAGAGUCGGACCAAGGUAUGGGCUGUUAUUAACUCCCUUAAAAACAAUGGCGUUACACUCAUUCUUGACGACGAUGAUGAUGAUGAUGAUGAUGAUGAUUACCGUGAUCGUUCUUACGAGGGUCAUCGGUAAAUCCUCAAGCUUUACUUUCUCUGUCAUGUUCUCUAGCUGUUAUGGAAUCUUAGAUUCAAGUCUGUAUAACUUGCAAUAGUACAAUCUUUGUGACAUAUAAAGCUGAUAAGAAAGCUCAAUGAUUUAAGAAUCUAUCUGGUUUUGAAUAAGGUUCAUAUAGUAA